AUGAUGCAGAGUAUUCGCGACUCUUCGCAGCAGGAUCGCCGCGUCUACGUUGGCAACCUGUCUUACGACGUCAAGUGGCAUCACCUGAAGGACUUCAUGCGACAAGCUGGCGAGGUUCUCUUCGCCGAUGUCUUGCUACUGCCGAACGGAAUGUCAAAGGGCUGUGGCAUCGUGGAAUAUGCAACUCGGGAGCAGGCUCAGAACGCCGUGGCGACGCUCAGCAACCAAAACCUUAUGGGUCGGCUCGUAUACGUUCGCGAAGAUCGAGAGGCCGAGCCUCGUUUCACCAACCCCAGUACCUCGCGCGGAGGCUUCGAAGGUGGUAUCGGAGGCCGCGGUGGCUUCCAAGGCGGCUUUGGCGGUCCCCCAGGAGGCGCCCCUGGAGGCGGUGGCAGGCAGGUCUACGUCGCUAACUUGCCUUACAACGUUGGCUGGCAAGAUCUGAAGGAUCUCUUCCGUCAGGCUGCUCACACUGGCUCCGUUCUUCGCGCCGAUGUUCACAUUGCUCCAGACGGCCGGCCCAAGGGCUCCGGUAUCGUAGCCUUCGAGACUGUAGACGAUGCCAGGAACGCCAUUACCCAGUUCAAUGGCUACGAGUGGCAGGGCCGCAACCUCGAGGUUCGUGAAGACCGCUUUGCUGGCAAUGCGGGCGGUUUUGGCGGACGCGGCGGAUUCGGAGGCCGUGGGGGCUUUGCUGGAGGCUUUGGUGCUCGUGGAGGCUUCGGCGCUCGCGGCGGAUUCGGAGGUCCCGGCUUUGGAGGCCGCGGAGGGUUCGGCGGAGGCUUUGGCGGUGGUCCUGGUGGAUCACCUGCAGGACCUGGUUUCGACCCUAACGGCCCCUCCAACCCACCGAACCCCUUCACCGACUUCGCUGCGUCAGGAGGUGAACCCAGCAACCUCAUCUACGUCCGCAAUCUGCCUUGGUCUACCAGCAACGAGGACCUUGUCGAACUUUUUACCACGAUUGGAAAGGUUUCGCGUGCUGAGAUCCAAUAUGAGCCCAACGGACGUUCUCGCGGAACCGGCGUCGUUGAGUUCGAGCAGAGCGCAGACGCUGAAACCGCCAUUGCCAAGUUCACAGGAUACCAGUACGGUGGCAGACCUCUCGGACUGUCAUACGUGAAGUACACCAACCAGAACAACGGCGAUGUCAUGGAGGGCACCGAGCACACUGGCGGUUUGACACAGGACCAGAUCAUGUAA